AUGCCGAGAUCUCGACCAGCUACCACGGGUUAUGCCCAGAUUGCCCAAGCAGAGGAGUUCAGCGAUGACGAAGAUGAGGAUGAGGACCCCCUCGCUGCUAGCCAUACCUCCUUACAACCAGCAUCCGCCCCACGAUAUGCCUCUAUUUCACAGCCUCGACCACAUGGUGGAAUGUAUACAGAUGGUAAUAGUUCGCCAACAAAUAAUCGAAAAUCUGGACAUAAGAGAAGAAGAAGUCGUAUGGGAAGCAAUGCCUCUGGAGUGGACAUCAAAGCUAUAAAUGCUAGGUUGGAACGAUGGGCUGACGAGAUAGCAUCCAAAUUUAAGAUAAAUAAGGUUAAGGGGAAAUCAUUACAGGAGGAAAAACUGGAAAUCCAGCAUUCCGUAUUCCAGGCACCGGAUGGCAUACGACCUGUCACUGCCGAUACUUUGGCUUCGGAACCCAACCUUGGACGAAUGACGAAGCUGGAGUUUGAUGAUGUUGUCGAAAGUGUUCGAGUUGCAAUUGAGCAGGGCAUGCAUCCGAAAAUGAUAACUCAAGGGAGUUCUGGAAGUUACUUUGCGCGAAAUAGUGAUGGCAAAGUAGUCGGUGUGUUCAAACCCAAGGAUGAGGAACCGUACGCUGCAGGAAACCCAAAAUGGAACAAAUGGAUACAUCGCAAUUUAUUCCCAUGUUUCUUUGGCAGAGCAUGUCUGAUUCCCAACUUGAGUUAUGUCUCUGAAGCUGCGGCAUAUACGCUCGACUGUAGAUUACGAACCAACCUUGUACCAUACACCGACAUAGUCCACUUGUCCUCGAAAUCGUUCCAUUAUGACUUCUGGGAUCGCAGAAAGUUUUACAGAAGUAAGAAGCCUCUACCACCAAAGGUUGGUAGUUUCCAAGUCUUUCUUAAAGGCUUCAAGGAUGCGAAUAUCUUCCUUCGUGAAAACCCUUGGCCAGAUCAUGCAAAUGGAGCAUUCCGAAUGAAUGACCCCCACAGAAACAAAAGAGGAUGGAAAGAGACUUGCCGCCCAAGCUCAUCGAAGUCAGAUGAGGGUAAUGAAGGGGUGGGAGCUAGUAGUCCUACCGGAUCUGGAGAUGAUAACCAAAAUCGACGUUUCGUUUGGACAGAUACAUUAAAACAGUCAUUUCGAGAGGAGUUGGAGAAAUUGGUCAUAUUGGAUUAUAUAAUGCGAAAUACGGACAGAGGUCUCGACAAUUGGAUGAUCAAAAUUGAUUGGGAGAAUCAGGGUGUUUCCAUAGUUUCAGACCCUCCACAAAUGAGGAACAAUCCAGACUCCGACCAGUCACCACGGGUGGUUUCUACCUCAGAUAACAUUAGUAUGUCGCAUCUACCGGCAUACCCUUACCGUACCCAAGAGCCUAUGGAAGCUACGAGUAAAUCAACCACACCGUCUAGAAUGGCGGCACCAACCAUUUCCAUUGGUGCGAUCGAUAAUAGUUUGUCGUGGCCUUGGAAGCAUCCUGAUGCUUGGCGAAGUUUUCCCUUCGGAUGGUUGUUCUUACCUGUAUCACUGAUCGGACAACCAUUCUCUCAAAAGACUCGGGAACACUUUCUUCCCCUGCUGACUUCGAAACAAUGGUGGAGCGAGACUCAACUUGAGCUGAGGAAAGUCUUCAGCCAGGAUGCUGAUUUUCAAGAGCGUAUGUUCGCUAGACAGAUUGCUGUCAUGAAAGGACAAGCCUGGAAUGUCGUCGAAACUCUCAAAAUGAUAGAUCAUGGUCCUUUGGAGUUGACUCGGAGAGCAAGAGUUUGUGUCUGGGAUGAUCUUGUUGAUAUACCUGUUGCGGUCCCUAUGAGAGUGCCUUCUGCAGAGAUGCGAAGGCGUAAUGAGAUUCGCAACAGCCUUGAUGAAGAGAUGGAUAUUAGUGCCGCAAAUGCAACAGCACCACAACCAGAUCUUCUUGGACUUGCGAGUCCAUCCGCGGAGUUACCAAAUCCGAAUCGAUUCGAAUUAGCUAGUCCGCGACUUAGUGAAGAUACUUCCCCGGACUUUGAGUCUCCUCAUCCGCCAAUGACAUUUGAAAAUUCUGGAUUCUCAAAAGAUAAUAGCUCAAAGGAUGGAGUGAGGUUUUCGGACCGACCAAAUCUUCCGCACCCUGGAAAUCGUAUGAGUUAUGAUGGGCCUGCACGGUCACCAAACAGGAACCGUUAUGAAGCGAGAAGGUUUUCAUUUGGAUCAAGGAGUCGUGGAGCAGUUCAGACAUUGUACGACGGUGAUGAUCAUGAAGGUGACUUGGGAUAUGCAGCGGCGGAAGGGAUGGAAGGGCAUCAAAGAAAGGUUAUAGUAGAAAGACUCGAAACAGUCAAGAGCAAAAACCCCGUCUUUACCUGGUGUUAA